AUGAAUCGACAACGUGCGGCUGAAAAGGCCUUGCACGACCAAACCAACAUCCUGCCCUUCGGUCAGUUGAUGGUGGUAUUCACGGGCCUGGCGACAUCCCUGGUGAUCACCUUUAUCGACCAGAAUGGUAUCAGUGUUACAUUACCCACGAUUGCACGCGAUCUGGGAGCCCAGGAUACGAUAUCAUGGGCAGGAACCUCCUCGCUGAUCGCCAAUACUAUGUUCACCGUACUAUACGGCCGAUUGUCCGAUAUUUUCGGUCGUAAGGUCGUCUACCUUUCCGCGUUGGUUCUGCUGUGCAUUGCAGAUCUACUGUGCGGCUUGUCGCAAAACCCAGCCAUGUUCUACGUCUUCCGUGGUCUGGCUGGUGUGGCCGGUGGUGGCGUCACGUCUUUGACAAUGAUCAUUGUUUCGGAUGUCGUGACUCUUGAACAGCGAGGGAAAUACCAAGGUAUUCUAGGUGCCUCCCUCGGAGUGGGUAAUAUCAUCGGCCCGUUUAUUGCAGCUGCAUACAUUAUGCGCUCGAUCUGGCGCGGCUUCUUCUGGAUGAUUUCGCCGCUGGCGGCGAUCUCUGCUGUUGUCGGAUACUUCCUCAUCCCGAAUAACGCUAAGAAGGAUGGUUUCCGCAAGAAUACGCGCCGAAUUGACUGGCUUGGCGUUUUAGCUUCGUCGAUUGGAAUCAUCUUCGUUUUGAUUCCUGUCUCUGGGGGUGGAUCGUAUUUCCCGUGGGACUCGCCGAUGGUGAUUGCCAUGCUUGCUAUCGGAGGAUGCGCUUUCGUUGCAUUUGUCUUUAUCGAGUGGAAGGUUGCGUCGUUGCCAAUGCUGCCGAUUGUCUUCUUCAAGAGCAAAGUCAUCACCGCGCUGUUUGUACAGAGCUUCCUUCUGGGAGCGGUCUAUCAAUCGUACCUCUACUACCUACCGCUUUACUAUCAGAAUGCUCGUGGAUGGUCUCCCAUCGUGUCAGCCGCUUUGACGUCCCCAAUGGUGGCCUGCCAGUCCCUCGCUUCAAUCUGCUCUGGCCAGUACAUCUCUCGACUGAAGCGGUACGGAGAGAUCAUCUGGGUGGGCUUUGGUUUCUGGACUUUGGGCGCCGGCCUUAUGCUGCUAUUCGACCACAGAACCAACCCGGCCGUCAUUGCGGUCUGUGUGGCAAUCUCAGGCAUUGGAAUCGGCUUUACCUUCCAGCCAACACUCGUUGCCCUGCAAGCCCACAGCACCAAAUCGCAGCGCGCAGUAUCCAUAUCCAACCGAAACUUCUUUCGUUGUAUGGGUGGUGCCUGCGGUCUCGCCAUCUCCGCCGCCAUCCUGCAGGCCACGCUACGCUCGAACCUACCCUCUGAAUUCGCCUACCUGACGAAAUCCUCCUACUCACUCCCAUCCCGAUCGACCCUUACCGAUGCACAAUGGACACAGAUUCUGCUUGCAUACACCAAGGCCUCGCACGCCGUCUUCAUUCUGCAAGUUCCGUUGAUUGGCGUCUGCUUCCUUGCCUGUGUGUUUGUGCGUGAUCGUGGUCUUGAGCGUCCCAAGGAGCCUGAAGAGAUUGAAGAAGAGAAGCGCAAGGCGGAGGCUGAAAGGGAUACAGAGGCUGCUUUGUCCGAGUCAAAUCAGGACGACUUGGAAAAUCACCAUGACGAGGCGGUGGUUAAGGAGCAACGGUCUGUGUCGACUCUUCCCGAUCCAUCUAUCCCUCCAUCGCGCGCUGAGCCGACCUUCGCAGAGCCCGAGAAGGCAAAGGGCACUGACUGA